AUGGUGAGCCCUUCAAGUUGUUCACUCCACCAACUUCACGAUGAACGAGACUAUUCCAUCGUCACCCAAUUUCGACGCCCUGGCCGCAAGAGUCGAAUUGUACACGACUUCCCCAUUGAAACCCUCAAGAAAUAUUCCAUCUACCGCCAAGACGACGCAGCUGAAAUGCUCGGUGUGGCUUCCAUCACGCUCAAGCGCAUCUGUCGUCGCCGGAACUACAGAUGGACCUACCGCGCUUACAAGGCCCAGCAGCGUCGUGACAAACUGGCAUUCCAGAAGCGUCGGACUGGUGAAGCCCUGCAGAGACAGAGGGAAACGCCUUCGUCACCUUCAUUUCGGAUUCCAGAGCUGUUGCUAUCACUGGGUCAAGAGAGAAACAAGGUCGUUAACUGCUCCCCGACGUCGGUCAGUGAUGUGGGGAUUGCGACACCAACACAGUUCCCUCUCACUACUGAGUCAAGGACCUCGGACUUAGUGCGACCGCUACUACCACCGCUCUCUUAUUUCCUGAAGAAGCACCAAUCAAACUGUAAGAGCUCCUUCAACCAACGCCGCCUCUUGCCCUCGACCGACUACAAGAGCUCAAUCUAUGGAGCUUCCUUCUUCCCGACUGCCCCAACAUUCCCCACUCGCGGUUUUUAA